GUAGGUAAAUUAUCUGGCCAUCAACUUGUUUUGCAAAGUCAACCAUCAAGGUGCUGUCUAUCCUGCCAGCUGGAUCUUCGGUCGACUGCUGUAACUGGACAAGUCUGAGCUCAUAGACAUCAUUGACCGCCUGAACGUGGGCUUCUAGACGUUCUGCUCCUUCUGCUCGCGCCACCGUCGUCGACGUCGUUUCUAUAACACCGAGAUCAGAGCAACAACAUCCAGUCACCAUCAUGGGACUGUCCCGUUCAUCAAGAAUCAUCACCCUCUUGGUGAUUGAUACUGCUUUCUUUUUCCUUGAGAUCAUAGUUGGAUAUGCAGUGCAUUCACUUGCGCUCGUUGCCGACUCUUUCCAUAUGCUUAACGAUGUUAUGAGCUUGCUCGUCGCAUUGUAUGCUGUCAAGCUUGCGUCCAGCACUGAAUCAUCACCAAAGUAUACCUAUGGCUGGCAGCGUGCAGAGAUUUUGGGUGCAUUGGUCAAUGGAGUGUUCUUGUUGGCUUUGUGUUUGUCUAUCUUCAUGGAAGCUGUCCAGCGAUUCUUCGAGCCUCAAGUCAUUACCAACCCUCUGUUGAUUCUGGUUGUCGGAAGUGCUGGAUUGGCAAGCAACAUCGUUGGUUUGUUCUUGUUCCACGACCACGGUCACGGACAUGGAGGACAUUCGCAUGGACACUCGCAGGGUCACGACUCUUCAUCCGACAACGGUGAUAUUGAAUCCGUUCUUCCGGAAACUGUCGUCGCCAGGCACUCGCAGAACCGCGCUCACCAGAAAGGACACCAGCACCGUCUCUCCUUUUCCAGUGCUGAUGACAUUUACGUUCACCCUGCGCAGAACCGCCGUCAUAUUCACGAUGUUGCUGAUGAGCGUACCGCUUUGCUCAAUGACCACUCUGAACAUAACCACGCUAAGCCUAAGGACAACGGUAAGGGCCACGGUCACUCGCACGGUAACCUCAACAUGCAGGGUGUGUUCUUGCACGUCCUCGGUGAUGCUCUUGGAAACGUUGGUGUCAUCGCUACCGCUCUCUUUAUCUGGAAAACCGACUUUACCUGGAAAUACUACGCCGAUCCGGUCAUCUCUUUGGUUAUCACUUGCAUCAUCUUCUCUUCCGCAUUGCCCCUUUGCAAGAGUGCAAGUCUGAUUUUGUUGCAGGGUGUGCCGGCAGGUAUCGACGCUGAGGACGUCAAGGAGGAUAUUCAGAACAUCAAGGGUGUGGUUUCUGUUCACGAGUUGCACAUCUGGCAGUUGUCUGACGUUAAGCUCAUUGCAUCCGUACACGUCCUUGUUUCCCUUCCUAAUGACACCUUGUCAUCAGACUACAUGGACCUCGCUGCCGCCAUCCGCCAGUGCUUGCACUCUUACGGAGUCCACUCUUGCACCGUGCAGCCUGAUAUCCAAGAGGUGACCGAGGAGGCUGAUAGGGCGAGCUGUUUGCUUGCCUGCGACGAGGAUGAGUGUGCGGAGAACAUGUGCUGCGAACCGGCGAACGCUUCGUCGCCGUCCAAUGGACACGGACACGCGCAUUAAGUAAUGUUAGAGUCUGUGAGACGAGAUUGGAUGGGGAUUACGGGCCAGGAUAUGGCUGUACAAAUGCAGUAAGAACAAAGAUACUCAGCAUUGG